AUGAGUUCAAAAAGUCGCAUCCAGUCAGACGUCAUGAAGCUAUUGAUGAGUGACUACACCGUUCACUUAGUCAGAGACAACUUACAAGAAUUCAACGUGAUAUUCCAGGGACCCCAAGGAACAUCUUAUGAAGGAGGAACUUGGAAAAUCCAUGUGGAAUUGCCCAACGAAUACCCUUACAAAUCCCCAUCGAUCGGAUUUUUAAACCGGAUCUUCCAUCCCAAUAUCGACGAGACCAGUGGAUCGGUAUGCUUGGACGUCAUUAACCAGACAUGGUCGCCAAUGUUUGAUAUGUUCAACAUCUUUGAUGUGUUUUUGCCCCAAUUGUUGAGCUAUCCCAAUGCUGCUGAUCCGUUGAACAGUGAUGCUAGUCAAUUGUAUAUGAAUGAUAUCGAUAGUUAUCAUGCCAGAGUGAAAGAGUAUGUGGAGAAGUAUGCCGGGGAGGUUGAUUUGAAGAUUGAUGAUGAAGUUAGUGAAGAAGAGGAUGGUCAAUUAUCAUCUGGUGAGGAAUCAAUUGAGGAGGAUGAAGAGGAAGAAAGUGAUUAUGAAGAAGAUGAGGAAGAAGAAGAAGAAGAAGAAGAAGAAGAAGAAGAUGAUGAUGAUGAUGAUGAUAAUGAUGAUAAUUAUUAG